AUGAAAAGCGCCUACGAAGGUGAAGAAGAAUUGCAAGAUCAACUGGAAUUACCCGUAUUAUGCUAUCUAGUAGGCGUAUUCGUCUUACUUUUAUUAGUUUCUAAUAUGCCAACGAUGCUUAUGUUUCCAACCAUCAGAAAAUAUAAUGGAAGUACAUUCGAAGCAACGAUUUGUUCCAUAUACUUUUCGUUUCUUUAUCUACAAUUCGUAGGACAGAUAUGUUCGGUCCUUCUUCUACUUUCUAUAAUAUCAACGAUCGCAGCGAAGAGACUUAUAAAGUUAUCUGAAGAAUUAGAACAAAUAACGACAACUUCCUCAUCACUGAAGCAUGUAUUACAAGAAAUCUGCGAGAAGCACACAGAGAUUUGGGAGAUGUUUGAAAUGAACAACAAGCAAUGGGUAUAUCUAUUCGCUUUGAUAUACGCCCACUUUACAUACGAAACGUGUUUUCUGUGUUUCGCUUCGCUGUUUUUCGAUGUCAGCUUUCAGAUUCGAGUAGUAUUUUCCGCAAUUUCGAUGGUAUUCUUAACAGGAAGUCUUUCGGUUUCUUUGGGUCUUUCUUACUUGACAUCUCUGAUCUACGAUAAUUUCGUUUCGAUUCAAAGAUUCUCUUCGAAUUUUUUGUCAGUUGAAUUUAAGUAUAAGAUAACAUGUUUCAUGAAAAGAUACGGAAAAGCCAAAAUGGGAGUUUCUGUUGGAGACUUUUUUUACAUUCGUAAAAAUUUUCUGAUUCGGAUGGUGAGUGCGUUGUAUUCCAUUUUCUCUUCGGUGGUGCAAGUAACUGGAGUAAUGAACAAACACAAAUCAUGUAAUACAGUUACUACAUCCAAUAAUGUUACAUUCGACAACAGUAAAUUUAAUUUUGAAUAA